ACUCGUCUGCACUCUGCAGUCUCAGCAGUCGCGUGGAGCCGUUGCUGAAGUUUUACUUAAAACUUGCCUGCCACGUCUCAGCAGCACAAUGGUUCUCGAUCUAGAUUUGUUCCGCGUUGAGAAAGACGGUGACCCGAACAAGAUCCGGGAGAACCAACAAAAGCGCUUCAAAGAUGUGGGUUUGGUGGACACGGUUGUGGAGCAAGACAAACGUUGGAGAGAACUACGGUUUGAAGCUGACAACUUGAAUAAGCUGAAGAAUGUGUGUAGCAAAGAGAUCGGGCUGAAGAUGAAGGCCAAGCAGGCGGCGGGGCCGGAGGAUCAAGAAGUGCCGGCGGAAAUUUCUAGUAACCUCAUAAAUUUAGUUGCCGAUCAGCUUAAACCGCUCACAGUGAAUCAAAUCAAAAAGGUCAGAAUAUUAAUAGAUGAAGCAACCACAAAGAACGAGCAGAACCUCGUAACAGCAGAGAAGGCUCGCUCAGCAGCAUUACGUGAGAUCGGCAACCACCUACAUGAGUCUGUGCCAGUGCAUGAUGAUGAGGAACACAAUAAGGUGGAACGUACGCAUGGGGACUGCACGGUCCGGACUAAGUAUUCACAUGUGGAUCUGAUCUGUAUGAUUGAUGGUAUGGACGGCGAUCGAGGCACAGUAGUGGCCGGCGGACGAGGGUACUACCUAAAGGGACCUGCCGUGUUUCUAGAGCAGGCUUUGGUGCAACUCUCUCUACGGAUGCUGCUGAAUAAGGGCUACACUCCACUAUACACUCCUUUCUUCAUGAGGAAAGAGGUGAUGCAAGAAGUGGCCCAACUCGCCCAGUUCGACGAGGAACUGUACAAAGUAAUCGGCAAAGGCUCGGAAAACAAAGGGGACUCCGCAGUCGAAGAGAAAUACCUCAUCGCCACCUCUGAGCAACCCAUAGCUGCUUACCAUAGAGACGAGUGGCUGGCUGAGGCUUCUCUGCCUAUCAAAUAUGCGGGUCUGUCGACGUGUUUCCGGCAAGAGGUUGGAUCUCACGGACGCGACACGCGCGGUAUAUUCAGGGUGCACCAAUUUGAAAAGGUAGAACAAUUCGUGCUAACCUCCCCCCACGACAACGCGUCCUGGAUCAUGAUGGACGAGAUGAUCAACAACGCUGAGGAGUUCUGCAAGGUCCUCGGCAUACCGUACCGGGUGGUGAACAUCGUGUCGGGCGCGCUCAACCACGCCGCCGCCAAGAAGCUGGACCUGGAGGCGUGGUUCCCAGGCUCCGGGGCUUAUAGGGAGCUGGUGUCCUGCAGCAACUGUCUGGAGUACCAGGCCAGGAGGCUGUUAGUCAGAUACGGGCAGACAAAGAAGAUGAACGCAGCAACAGAGUAUGUGCAUAUGCUGAAUGCUACUAUGUGUGCCACUACUAGAGUCAUCUGCGCAGUGCUAGAAGUGCACCAGACUGAGGAGGGCAUCAAGGUCCCCGAAGCCCUAAAACCCUGGAUGCCAGAGCAGUACCAAGACCUGAUCCCGUUCGUCAAGCCUGCGCCAAUCGACCUGGAAGCCGCGGCCGCCGCUAAGAAAAAAGAAGGAAAGAAGAAGUAGCCUGCACUAAAAAAAAGUAGUCUUUGCUGCGAAGAUAUUGACAAAGCUUAAUGCAUUUCUUUAUUUUUAUGCGAAGCAUUUAAAUAUUUUUUAUUAUUAUUAAAUUAUUUAAAUGAA